UGAAAUGUUUUGGGCCAUUGGCCUUGUUCCACGAGCGAUUGGCGGCAGGGACGCACACAGUCACAGGAAAUCAUCUCGACAGGGUUCUUGCCCGAGUUGCUCCGCCAUCUCAACAUGCCAUCUAGCAACCCCCGCGCUCACGAGAGGGCUAACCGCAUGCCUGCGCCUGCAGAGAGCACUCCCAAAACCUUCGAUCGCAUCGACGACGAAGACGAGCCGAUGCCUGAUGCCGCCGAGCAGGAGGAGGAACCGCGGCAGGAAGUAGACGAGGAGGCGGGGAAGGAAGAAGAGUCGGCCGCCGAGGAGGAAGCGCCAGAGGAAGACGAGGAGUCCGCCAAGUCUCCUACACCACCGCCCGAACCCGUUGUCCGCCGCCGGCGGCUGGGGCGACCCCCCAAGAACCGGCCUCCAGACUGGGAUACGUUGCCAAUCGAGCCGCCCAAUCCCGAUGCUACACCACGCCGCCGUGGUCGGGGUGGCUGGCGUGGACGAGGUGGCCGGAAAGGCCAGCAUUACCAGCCGACGCAGCAGUCGAUCGACAAGGAUGGCACCGUGCUGAACAUUGUGAACGACGAGGUGGACCUCCCGGAGGAUCCCGAGGGUGAGAAGAAGGUCGACAAGCUGGGCAAUCUCCAGGGCGGGCGCCAGUAUCGAUGCCGGACCUUCACCGUGGCCGGCCGCGGUGACCGUCUCUACAUGCUGUCCACCGAGCCCGCCCGGUGUGUCGGCUUCCGCGACUCGUACCUCUUCUUCACCAAGCACAAGAAACUCUACAAGAUCAUCGUCAACGACGAGGAGAAACGCGACAUGAUCGAGCGCGACAUCAUUCCGCACAGCUACAAGGGUCGAUCUAUAGGGAUAGUCACGGCCCGGUCCGUCUUCCGCGAGUUUGGCGCCCUCAUCAUUGUCGGGGGACGCCGCAUCAUCGACGACUACGAAGUCGCCAAGGCGCGGGCCGAGGGUGUUGUCGAGGGCGAGCUGGCCGACCCGACCGAUGUCUACGACCCCGACAAGCCCUACAACAAGAACCAAUACGUCGCCUGGCACGGCGCCAGCGCCGUGUAUCAUUCAGGUGGCCCGUCUGUGCCGCAGCAGAACGUCAAGGCCGACACGAAGAAGCGCCGCGUGGCCGUCAACGACGUCAACUGGCAGCUCGAGCACGCCCGCGAGGCCAGCCACUUCAACAGCAUGCUCUCCGCCGUCCGCCGCGCCAACCUCAACGGCGUCUACGACAUCCACACCAACCUGAUGCACUACCCGCGCAUCAUGCAGCCGACGCACGCGCGGAUCGAGCCCAUCGCGCCGGGCGAGGGCGACGCCGAUGCCCGCCAGUCGUCGUCAUCAUCACCAUCACCAUCCUCCUCCUCCACCAAAUUCCCGCCCCUCCCGCCGUCGAUCGCGCGCAACUUCCUCGUCAUGGACACACACCUCGAGACGCCGCCGGCCGGCGUGGCGCCCGCCGCCUACGACGUGCCCUUCCGCACAUCGCCCGCCGACCGCGACGCCUCGGCCGCCGCCGACUUCCUCGCCCCGUUCCGCGGCCUGCGCGCCGUGCCCGACGACGUGCGCGCCCUGCUGCCCGAGGCGUGCCGCGCCGCCUUCGACGCCGCGCGCGCGAGAGAGGACCGCUGGUUCGAGCGCUGGGGCGACGAGGCGCGCUUCGCGGCGCGCAAGCCGCCUGUCAUCGAUAAGGCGAUUGUGCCUUAUUCGAUGAUGAUUCCAUGAUUUCUUGGUCUUUUUUCGUUUAUUCUUCUGAGGAAGCGAUGGUGGGUUGUUGACCUGGCUCCUGGCUUAAUCCGAUUUUGUCUGCUGUUUUUCACCCUCUCUUUACGGCUUACUGUUUCUCAGCAGCAGGUCCCUGUCCGUUGUGGCCUGUUGUUGUGCACUUAAGCCGAGGAGUUAUCCGUCCACCUCGCUUGAGAAGCAGAAAACGAGAACGAGGGCAAGCUGCUUGUCAAGGAAAAAGCAGGCCGUUUGAGGCGCAGACGACAGGAAGGUCAGCGGUAGAGCCAGCUCUUUCUUGGGAGGGGGCAGCAAGGAAACGGUGGUUGCUUUGCUGCCUACCCCUGAUCAUAUCAUAUCCUGCAAGUGGGGCAUUUAACAAUAACAACAACGGCGGCGGCGAAGGGGACGAAAACCUUUACUACGAGAGGGCUGCCUUUUUGCAGGCUGUAAUCCUAGCCACGGCGUUUCCUGGCUGAAGGCGAUGGGUUUGGGAUUGUUGGACUUUUUGGUGGAGGGGGCCUCGUUAGGCUUGACCGGCGUUUUAUGGGGUGUUGAGUGCUCAGGAACAUAUUGCUCAAGGCGGACAGACAGCUUCGGUCACGACAAGGGCGGUUGGCUGUGGUGAAUAAAGAGUGUUGUUGUCUUGUAUGGAAUGCAGUGGCAUACCGUGACUCCGUAACUUGAGUCCAAAGACUGUGGCGGUGCCCAAGAAGUAGAAAUCUUCAAGAAAUAUAGCCCUGCCUCCUCUCUGACCGACCCGCCAGAGAAAAGGUCGUCUCCCGAUGUUCGCACCGGGGGGAGGGGGGAGUUGAGAGGAAGAAAAAGGCCAGAAAGAGCGAGACAGAGACAGCGUGAGUCGACGAAGCACGAGGAACUCGCGCCUCGCAGGUCCGAUGCUAGCCCUUGUGAGUAGGACAACCUUUCCUGCAACG